AUGCCUCAGAAUUGUUGUGUUCCAGUGUGUAAAAAGAAGGUUUACGUCGAAAACGGGGUAAAGAUUUCUUUCCACAGAUUUCCUGAAGAAGGAGAUUUAUUUAUGAAAUGGAUCGUCGCUAUUCGAAGAGAUAUAGGCCAGCAUUUCCAAGUGACAACGCACACAAGAGUUUGCUCGAGACAUUUCAAGCCAUCGGAUUAUCUUCCUUCACUUGCGAGGCGUAAAAGGACUUUAAAACCUACAGCAGUACCCUCUGUAUUUCAUUGGAAGAAGGGAUCCCCGGUAAAACGGAAGGCGCCAACGAGGAGAAGUCCGAUCAAGAGGAAAAAGGCCAAAGAAACGACAACUACGAACGCUGAUGUACCCACGUGCGACUCCACGUGCGACAUGUUUGUGGAGCCACAGGAAACUCCGUUUCUCUCGUCGAUCGCAGAAAAUUUGGAAAAUACUACAGUAGACCGACCAGUUGGUGACUUACAAAGUACAAUUCGUGACAUUCAAAAUGAAAAUGAACGGCUACGUAAAGAAAUCCACCAAGUCACGACUUUAAAAGAAACUUUUAAGUUGGAAGUGGAUGAAUUGACACAUCGAAUCAGCGUACUACAGGCAAGAGUAGUCACACUAGACAGAUUCGUAUCAGAUAAGGAUGUAACUUUUUAUACAGGAUUCCCCAACAGAAUUGUGUUUGAAAGCGUUUUUGAAUUUUUGGACCCUGGAAAGAACGGCGAAAACAUAAGUUACUGGCAUUCUGAUGACUCUACAGUUAAUAAUCAGAGGUGUGAUGAAGAUGCCCCCAAGCAGGGAAGACCAAGACAAUUAAACCCAAAGGAAGAAUUUUUUUUUAACUUGUGGCCAUCAAGGGCCAAAGUUGACCAAAACAUGCCCGCUGACUUCAAGGACAAAUAUCCAUCUACCAGCUGCAGGGUCAUCAUUGACUGUACAGAGAUCCGCUGUCAGAUGCCUAAGAGUCUUCGUCUGAACAUCGAACUUUUCAGCUCAUAUAAAAUUCAUACCACACUGAAAGGAUUGGUUUGCAUUUCACCUGGAGGUGCUAUAACUUUUAUUAGCCAGCUCUAUACUGGCCACAUCUCUGACAGAGAGAUUGUCACAAGGUCAGGGUUCCUAAAUUUGCCAUUUGACAGAGGAGAUUCUGUCAUGGCAGAUAAGGGGUUUACUGUAGAGGAUCUUCUCCCCCUUGGAGUCUCCCUGAAUAUACCACCUUUUUAG